UAACAAUAAUGGAAUUUGACUGCAUCUAUGUAGCCUAGUUGUUGUAGAUCGAGUAAUUAUAUGCAAAUGAACAGGAUGUUUUUAAUUUACUGCAAAGCUUCCACAAUUAAUUAGCCCACUUUAAUUGUAUGUAGAUUAUUUUUAAGGGAAAAACACAGUUUACAUUGUACUCCUUGAACACAUCCAUGCAUGUGUGUGUUUCAGCCUGGUUAUGUCGUCAAACGUCAGUGAAAUCCUUGUGGAAUUGUAGAAAAUCAGUGUUUGGGCGUUUUAAUUUCAACAACAGCACAUUUCCCACUAAUACCAGGAGACAAGAGGGCAACAGUUGCCAUUUAAACGGCUCUUUCAUUUGAAUAAUCUUUCAUAGGACGUGAUUAAAGCUCGGCUGCUCUGACGUAAGCGAGAUUGUCGGCGUUAGGUGAGUCUCGGUCUCGCGCUGCCUCCCUCCUCUUCCUCUCGCGCCCCUCCUGCUCGAGCUUCGUGAAAAGAUACGAUGAAAUCGCUCGCGCUCGCUGUCAUCAUCGUCAGCGCCGCCCUGUAGAGAGAGAGAGCUCGAGGCCCCCUCCUCCCCUCCCCACCUAACAACAACCCCAACCCCGCAGGCUCGAGCACAACGACCCCACCCCCCAACCCCCUCUGAGAGGAGACGGAGCGAGAGAGGCGCAUACGGAGUCACGGAGAAAAGACGGUUUCGGCAUCCCGGCUCUGUUUUGCCCUCAAUCCGGGCCUAAUGCUGUAGCAGACCGCGCGGGAGGAGAGCUCGAGCGAGAGACAACGCAGUGAUUGAGAGUCGGUGAGGGACAGGGCGGACCGGAGAGACGACGGGAUUGUUCAUUCGCCUGGAAACAUGGGAUGUACACUGAGCGCCGAGGAGCGCGCCGCUCUGGACCGGAGCAAGGCCAUCGAGAAAAACCUGAAGGAGGACGGGAUGGUCGCCGCCAAGGACGUCAAGCUGCUCCUGCUCGGCGGCGGAGAGUCCGGUAAAAGCACCAUCGUCAAACAGAUGAAGAUUAUCCAUGAAGAUGGCUUUUCUGGGGAUGAUGUGAAGCAGUAUAAGCCUGUGGUCUACAGCAACACCAUCCAGAGCUUGGCAGCCAUCCUCCGAGCCAUGGACUCGCUCGGCAUCGAGUUUGGAGACAAAGAUAGAAAAGCGGAUGCUAAGCUGGUUUGUGAUGUGGUCAGUCGUAUGGAGGACACAGAGCCGUACUCUGCAGAACUUCUUGUUGCUAUGAAGCGUGUAUGGGCCGAUGCUGGGACUCAGGAGUGCUUCAGCCGUGCCCGGGAAUACCAACUCAACGACUCUGCUCAAUACUACCUGGACAGUCUAGACCGGAUCGGGGCAGCAGACUACCAGCCCACAGAGCAGGAUAUCCUGAGAACCCGAGUGAAGACCACCGGGAUCGUCGAAACCCACUUCACCUUCAAAAACCUCCAUUUCAGGCUGUUUGAUGUCGGAGGUCAAAGGUCAGAGAGGAAGAAGUGGAUUCACUGCUUUGAAGAUGUGACAGCCAUUAUCUUCUGCGUUGCGCUGAGUGGAUACGACCAGGUGCUCCAUGAAGAUGAAACGACUAACCGCAUGCAUGAGUCUCUCAUGCUCUUUGACUCCAUCUGUAACAACAAGUUCUUCAUCGACACCUCCAUCAUCCUCUUCCUCAACAAGAAGGAUCUGUUCGGUGAGAAGAUCAAGAAGUCACCGCUGACGAUCUGUUUUCCAGAAUACACAGGUGCUAAUACUUACGACGAUGCUACUGCAUAUAUUCAGGUUCAGUUUGAAAGUAAGAACCGCUCUCCCAAUAAAGAGAUCUACUGUCACCUGACCUGUGCCACAGACACGGGAAACAUCCAGGUAGUGUUUGAUGCCGUCACUGACAUCAUUAUUGCAAACAACCUUAGAGGGUGUGGCUUAUACUGAGGCCUGGCCAAGCACAGAGGUUGUCAUGGAGAGUAUGAGGUGUUAAUAAUGAUAAUUUUGAUGAUACUUAAACACAUAAAUAUGUAAUUCUACACGUCCAAAUGGACCCAAAGAGCUGCCGUCAGACACCACACUGGAUUAUUGCCAUGAUUUGUUCUCUUCCUCUCAUUUUGAUUUAAGUAUACAACCCCAGUUUUGUCCUUUAAAAAAAUGUGUUUUUGAGCUGACUGUUUCACAUUUUCGUUGAUAACUGUGUCGACAACUGGGAGGGUCAGAAGAGGCAGCACCAGGGUUGUAUUCAGCCGGAGCCUUGUUUUGCAAAACACAGAAAUGCAACGCGAGGAGUGUGCAAUGUCAUUUUUAACCACAGCGUGGACUAUAGUCCCAUUCUUUAUGUGACGUUUUUAAUGUGCAAGUCUCGAGGCAUUUAUAUCUGUACUGAAUAUAGCCUGUUGUGCUCCGUUUGAAGAACAGCUGCAUGUGUGUGUGUGAAGGUGGAGAUGACGAUGAUGUUGAGGAGGUGCUGUACUCGUGGCUGGGGGUCAUGGUUGGGAAGGAGGCUAUUUUAACUUUCAGAAAGGACAAAGCUCCACUCUCCUUCAGACCCACACAUGACUGAGAGCCUGCAGGUCAUUUCCACUCUCUGUUUUCUCUUUUACUUUCAAACAUUAUGAAAGAGAGGGUUCUUCUGUUCAGAGUGGCUGCCCAUUUCCAUUGGCCUCCUGUAGUGUGAGGAAAUGCCUAUCAGCCAAUGAUAUAUCAGAAAAAAAAGUCAUAUCGGUGCCAACCAUCUAAGAGGGACGGAUUAGGAUCAGAAACCAUAGAUCAUGCUCAUUCUAUCAAACAUAUAUUAUUUAACAGAUUAAUAUCAUCGAAUGAUUUAUUUAUUUAAGCCUCAUGCCCUACAUGCCUCCUCCUACCUCCUGAAAUCCCGUGCCACAUAUUUAUUUCCUGACAUGAAAAACUGGGGUACACCGACACCUGUCUGCGGUUCAGAGGGUAGAAAGCAGCCCUCCAAUGACACAUUGUUCUCUGUGUGGUGCUUUACCCUUCGAUGUGAAUCUGUGUAGAAGUAGAAGACUGCACGAGGAGAACAAUAUCAUUCGAGGCAGCCUCUGUCUGGGGAGCUGUGGGUUUUUUGCGACCCUCUUCUCCCCCGAUCAGUAAACAGGGAACCAUUAUCCCUCCGUCUGUCACGUUUCUCUUCUCACAGAGAAAAAGUACAGCUCUCCAUUCUCACCUGUGCACCCAGAAAUUCAUCUUCCCAUCCCUGUAUACUCUUAUCUAUCACAUAUCAAUCCCCAUAUCCUAUCUCCAUUUUCACCUUAAAAGCACCGUACUGUAUAUAUAUUAUGAUUAUACCAGAUUUUUUUUUUACUGUGAAUGUUUUUGUGCUGCACCCCAUCCUAUUUGGUAGUUUAUUGGUUGCUCUCAUGUGGAAUGUUUGUGCUGAGCCAAUCGAAUGUUGUGUUUACAUUAAAGCCACACUUUUCCUAACUACUCCUGCGGUUUG